CGUCAAAACAUAAACAGAGCAGGCAAUUUUAUGUGCACGCAGCUAGCUCGCAUUAUAGUCUAACUUUUACACAAAGCUUUAUGCACGCAUUCCUAAUGUCGUGUGUUUUUCGUCCGAGAGUUCCUAGUCGAGGCACUUAGCUCAUUUGCUAAGUAGCGAGGUGGAGCAAAUAAAUCUGCAAUAAAGAUUAAGACUAAACUAAGAAGUACGCCUCGUCAGGCCUUCGACUACAGGUUCUCCCUUGGGUCGACGCAGGACAUAGCAGAUACAAUGGCUGAGGCUGACGGCAAAUCCACAGUGCUUAACGGUGGCUCUGAAGAAAAGGAGCCUGGAGAAGACCAACGUAAGGAGGGGGAUGCCACUGGAAGCAGAGAGGGGCAAACGCAGUCUUCCUCGCAAGAUGCGCCCAAAGAAACAGCAGAAGCAUCUGGAGACAAAUCUAUGCCAGAUGUGGAAGGAGAGACAGGGAUAAACAGAGAGGGAGAAGAGGAUGAAGACACAGACAGCAUGGAUGGCAGCGGCCUCUACUCCUUGACUGAGGAUGGUGAAAGGGAGAGUGAGGGAGGGAGACGAGAGAAGGCCAAAGAAAAAGAAAGUGGGAAAAGGGUAGCUAGAAAGAGGAACAGACCUGGUGGCGGCACCAACCACUCCUCCAGUUCAGAUGAUGACGAUGACGACGAAGAUGAUGAUGAUGAUGAUGAAGAAGAACAGAAAGAUGACGAUGAUGAUGACGACGAUGAUGAUGAGGCUAUGGAGGCAUGGUUGGGGGCAGAGCUCCGUGACCUGCGUGGCCCUGUGUGGCGGGCAGUACCCUCACUGCGCUCCAGAGAGAUUGGCAGGGACUCACACCAGUUUGUGAGGCGUGUGUGUGGGGCCCGUGGCCUUGUACAGAGACUGGAGCUCCAGGGCCGCUUAGAGAGGCAUACAGGCUGUGUCAACACAUUGCACUUCAACCCUUCGGGCACACGCUUGGCAUCAGGCAGCGAUGACCUGCGUGUGGUGAUCUGGGACUGGGCCAUCCGCCGUGCAGAACUGGAGUUUGACAGUGGACACAAGAGCAACGUCUUUCAGGCAAAGUUCCUGCCUCACAGCGGAGACUCCACCUUGGCCAUGUGUGCUCGUGAUGGUCAGAUCAGAGUGGCUGAGCUUUCUGCCACGCAGCGCUGCAAGAACACAAAGCGGGUAGCACAGCACAAAGGGGCUGCACACAAGCUGGCCCUUGAGCCAGAUUCACCUUGCUCCUUUCUGUCAGCUGGAGAGGAUGCUGUUGUGUUUGGUAUUGACCUGCGUCUAGACCGUCCAGCCAACAAACUGGUGGUUGUAAAGGAGGGUGACAAAAAAGUGGGGCUGUAUACCAUCUUUGUCAACCCAGCAAAGACACACCACUUUGCUGUUGGCGGGAGAGAUCAGUAUGUGAGGAUCUAUGACCAGAGGAAGAUUAAUGAAAAUGAUAACAAUGGUGUACUGAAAAAGUUUUGUCCUUCACAUCUGGUAUCCAGCGAGUCUAAAACUAACAUAACCUGCCUUGUUUACAGUCACGACGGCACAGAGCUCCUGGCUAGUUACAAUGAUGAAGACAUCUACUUGUUUGACUCCAACCACAGUGAUGGGGCAGACUAUCUCAGGAGAUAUAAGGGACAUCGCAAUAAUGCCACAGUGAAGGGGGUGAAUUUCUAUGGGCCGUGCAGCGAGUUUGUGGUCAGUGGCAGCGACUGUGGGCACAUCUACCUGUGGGAUAAGUACUCUGCUCGUAUUGUCCAGUUUAUGGAAGGAGACAGAGGAGGAGUGGUGAACUGUUUGGAGCCACAUCCACAUCUGCCAGGUAUGGCUACUAGUGGUCUGGACCAUGACAUCAAAUUGUGGGCACCCACAGCUGAAAGCCCCACAGGACUCAAGGGCCUAAAAGAGGUGAUGAAGAAAAACAAGCGGGAGCGUGAUGAGGACAGUGUGCGCCACGGCGACCAGUAUGACACCCAGCUGUUGUGGUUCCUGAUGAGACACAUGCGAAACAGACGACCUGCAAGGGCCCGUCGUGAGGGUGCAGAUCCAGACACAGAUGAUUCUUGGAGCUCUCCAGACUCCUCAGAUGAAGAAGAUGGAGGUCCAGAUCACGUCCAGUGCAUGUCAUCAUGAGCCACACGCACACACACACAUGCAUACACAUACAUAAACACACUUUAUUGCCCUUGAAUUGAUGCACAUAGGCAAGCACUAUUGACACACUGGCACAUUCAAUCACUGACAAGCCACAGACUUUUUUUUUUUUUUUAAACACACAAACAGAUAAACACAUUUACUUAAACAUACUGUUGAAGCAGAGUGAUAGUGACAGAGAUGCUUAACGCCUGGUUUCUCAGCAGUUACGAGUGUGCAUACGGCAACUACAGACACACUUUUAGAAUCCUUUUCUUUCUUCUUUCUUUUGGAGAAUUGUUCAGAGGUUAGUAACUGCUUUUACACCCCUAUAAACCACUUGGAGGUCCUUGGUUUUCCAUACAUCAGUUAAAUGCUCUGUCUAGUCCAAGAAUGAUGUACUGUGUGUAUAUGGCAACAUGUACCUCCAACUUUAGAUAACCUGUAGUAAGUUAUACGUCACCAGCACACAAUCCCCUUUCUCUUAGUAACACACCUCUUGCUUUUGACCUUCUUGUACUGAGGAGAGGUUUAUACACUCAAGCCAUCCCCUAAAUGUGACUUCCUUUAAGAUUUGAACUUUGAGAGGGAGAGCCCAGUGGCCCCCACUCCCAGUCUCAUACUGAUUCUUUGGCUGUUAGCUUAAGCAGUUGAUUGCAUCUAUCACUCGUUUGCUCCCAGAGAACUACUAACUCUCUAUAUGCUGCAUUAUCCUACAUGCUGCCCUCAGCCACUCCCUCCUUUCCUCCUUCCAUCAUUUACCCCCAUCACUACUGAGUGCACUUUGAAUCAGGGAUGCUUUAGUUUGAGACACAGACAAAAAUGUGCACUGAGUGUGUGAUAGGAAAAUCCACAGAUUUGUUUUUUUUUUUUUUUUCUGUCUUUUGAGAUGGGGGUAUUUUGCACUUAUGUGUUUCAUGACUGAGGACAGGUGGUUUCCUUUGUUUUGACCAGCCUUUCCUCACCUCUUUCUUCCUCUUCCUUCCUCAGUCUAUUCAGUUCACCUCUCAAUGAAUGCAGAAGUUGAGAGGUAGGAAGGUGUUCAGUAUGUGUCUAAGAAAUAAGGACUGAUUCGGGGCUCUGUUGGGGGAAUUUGUCAUUUAAAGAGCCAGACCGGACCUGGAUCAAUCACAGUUGAAACACUGCCUGAAAGCCAAUUGAGAUUGGAGUGACAAAGGGCUGCAGAUGUUUAUGUGAUUUCUUAAAGAAAUUUGGAAAUUCACUUAUUCGUUUUCUUGCCAUGAGUUUUGAAUGAAGGAGAAAUGGCUGGCCUGGUUCAGUCCACAGCACAUUUAAAGCUCACUAUUUGUCACAUUUUAUUUUGUUUAAGCCAUAAAAAAAAAUCUCAAUUUUUACAGAAAGUAAUGGAGAGUAAGCUCCAGGAAGUUUACUGGGCAUUGAGGUUUGGAUUAAACAGUUGACAUACAGUGUUAUAAAUUAGUGCUUGCUAGUUGUUAUGAUUAUCUUUGGACAGACCCAGCCUAGCCAUAUCCCCGUGUUGAAUCCCCUUUGUAUAAAAUUAUGCUAACUGCCUUCUGGUGUUAGCUUCACAUUUAGUAUAUUUAAUAACCCCGAUAAACGUAUCAUCUAGCUUUCAGCAACAAGAACAAACAAAUUAAAUUUUUUAUAGAGAAACACUUGAGCCAGGUCGGGUGUUUGCAGCCAGAGCAUCACUCUUGUCUCUGUGCUGUGUUAAUGGCUCAAAGAUGAGGCUGGGGGGAGCAGCAGGGUCAAUAUGCUUGCCAGUCAUUUGUUGUGUGAGAGCGAUAAAAGUCCAGCUUUUCUCAUUUUCUAUGAGAACUGUAGUUAGUUGAAUUUAUAUGUACAUAUAUAAAUAUAUAUUAAAACUGUAAAAAAAAAAAAAAAAAAGACUUUAGCAAAUGCUGUUUGACUUCAGAAAAAAAAAGGAAAAAAAUGUCAAAACAUUUGAUUGGUAUUGAUCCAGAGGUUUAUAUUCUAUAUGAGGACAAAAUACUUUUAAAAUCUAGAGGAAACAAAAUGUCUUGACAUGACCAUUUUCUUUGAUUACUUUUCCCCUCCUCAUAUGACAUCUCUGUUAUGAACAGAACCACUGUCAUUUCAAGUAUUGACAUUUUCUUUUUCUUGUUCGCAGAAAAACAAAAAGCAGUGUUUCCUUUGUAGAUCUUAAUCCAUGAUUUGAGACAGUUCUAUCCAGAUUUUCCCACUGGCUAUUUUGGGCAUCUUGUAUACAUAUUAAGGCUUUUGAUGAACAGUUUUUGUUUUUUCUUUCCCACCACUGCCUAAUAUUGCGUUCUACCAGUUCAGUUGGAAAUAUGUACGAUUUGUGCAAUAAACAAAGACAGUGCUCUUGAUGUUGUCAUUU